AUGUACAGGGCUUCUUCAAAAUUACUCCAUCUUCUUAUUCUUCUUCAGAACAGCCACGCAGCCUUUAAAGCACCAUCUGAAGAACAGCCACUGCCUCACCGCGCCGCUGGUCUCGCCACCGCUAGGAAAGUCAAAGAACGAAGCUGCCGCCUCUCCCCGGUUGUUGUUAACGUCAACCAUCAACUCCUCGUCUUUAGUGCUCUGACCCAGGAAGAAAUGGAGCGGUCGGAAAUUAUUAAGCGAUGCGUGUAUUUUUAUGAAGAGAUGAGAUCCAAGAAUGAAGAUUUAAUGUUGUUCUUUGUGCUUACGCUAUUUGUUUACUUUAGGGAUAGAACUAGUGGCCAACUGUCGUUAGGCGGAAGAAUGAAUAGUAGAAUUAGACGUGAGGCUUUAGAGCGUAUUGUUGGUGAGGGUGAUAGGAAUUGUAUUUGGGAGUUGAGAAUGAACACAAAUGCCUUUGCUAAUUUGUGUGAGUUGCUCGAAGUUCAAGGAGGACUUAAUGAAGAUGGUCAUGUAAGCCUGCCGGAGCAGGUUGCGACUUUUUUAAUUAUCUUAGCGCAUCACAAAAAAAAUCGUAGUCUGCAAGUUAGAUUUUGUAGGUCCGGCGAGACAGUUAGUAAGUAUUUUAAUAAAGUUUUGAAGGCUGUAAUACGUAUUCAAAGCAUUUUGUUUGCCAAGGCUACACCAGUUGAAGAGGAUUGUCUUGACCCCACAUGGAAAAGGUUUAAGGGUUGCUUGGGAGCAUUAGAUGGCACUUAUAUAGAGGUGACAGUCCCCGAGUCUGAGAAGGCAAAAUACCGAACAAGAAAGGGUAAAAUCUGCACCAAUGUCUUAGGAGUGUGUAACCGGGAGAUGGUUUUUGUUUAUGUACUCAGUGGAUGGGAGGGAUCGGCAUCUGAUUCGCGGGUACUUCGGGAUGCAAUAACUCGUCGUAAUAGUCUUAAGAUACCCCACGGAAAUUACUAUUUAGUUGAUGCUGGUUACACAAAUGGUCUGGGUUUUCUAGCACCAUAUAGAGGAACUCGAUAUCAUGUUAGAGAGUGGGCCCAAGGAGCACGUGCACCGCGCAAUCACCAAGAAUAUUUUAAUAGGGUUCAUUCUUCCACUAGGAAUAUCAUUGAGCGAUGCUUUGGUUUGCUGAAGAAGAGGUGGUCCAUCUUAAGAAGCCCUAGCUUUUACCCUCUAAAGACACAAUCUCAGAUAAUUAUUGCUUGUUGUUUGCUUCAAAAUUUCAUUCGAAAGAGUAUGGGUAUGGAUCCGGAGGAGGAAGGUAGCAUAUUGGAUGAAUUUAUGCCUGAUGGAGAUGAAGCACAGGAUGGAAUGAUUGAUGUAAAAAUGGAGAACAAACGCAUGUGGAGUGAUGAAGAGACUAAUGCUUUUGUUGGCUUCAUGGAGGAGUUUGUGGUAGAUGGUCAGAGGGCCGACUGUGGGCAAUUCAAACCAGGUACAUUCGAGAAACUGGCUCUGAAGAUGCUGGAGGCCUUCCCCGGUUGUACCCUGACUGCGAAGCACUGCAAGAAUAAGCACAAGCGGUUGAAGGAGAAGUAUCAGUACGCCGCUGACAUGCUUGGAUGCAGUGGGUUCGGGUGGAAUAAUGAGAAACAAUGUGUCGAGGUUGAUUCGAAAGACGUUCUUGAUGCAUGGUUGAAGGCACAUCCAACGAAGUUCUACAGUCCUGGCAAGCCGUUUCCUCUUUUCCACCGGCUAGAGGGUAUAUUUGGUAGGGAUAGAGCCACGGGAGCAGCAGCAGUCAGUGGCUUCGAUGCGGAAGAACAGGUUAACGAAGAGACGGAAGACACUACAAUUGGAUUUGAUGACUCUGAGAUGUCUCCACAACCAGAAUUAGACGGAGGCCCAGCAAUGCAAGGACAAGCAUCACAUUCUGAAGCUGGUACGAGUGCAGGAAGCACAAGGCGAUAUGGGAGGAAGAGAAAGCAAGCUGACGUUUUGGAGAGGAUGGCUGACCAUAUCCAGCAAUCUUCGGCUGACCAAAGGAAGAAUGCCCAACUAAUUGCUGAUGCCAUUGUUGGUGUGAAUGAGAAGUUUAAGGUUGGUGAGAAGCUCGCACAGCUUGGGUUCGGUGAUGAGGAGGUGGUGAGGGCGAUUUUGAAGUUUGCUGAGAGUCCUAAUGUGUAUGCACACUUCUGGGGUUUGACAGAUUCACAGAUGAUUGGCCUUGUGCGUUCCAUUAUAUGA